AUGGAAGUCUCUGGCAAGAAAGCUAGUAAAGUCAAAAACGUAGUUAAUGCGGUAACGGAUAAGUUUUGUGAACCAUGUCGCGAUACACAUGUCACGACAAGUGCGAAUGGCAUAUGUCGAGAGUGUAAGGAAUAUAUGUGCAACACGUGCUUCCAACAUCAUCUUAAAGCGAGGCAAUGUAGAAAUCACGUUUUGGUUAAUGCGGGACAUUUGUCAGCGUCGUCUGACAGAGAUGAGGAUUUUGAGAAAUGCAGACAGCAGGGAAAAGAAGCGAUUAAAUAUUACUGCCGUAAGCAUGAUGUUGUAGGGUGUGGUGACUGUAUGAUAAGCGGACACGGUGCUUGUAAGCCUGAAUUUAUAAAGGACUUAUCGGAAGAUUUUAAAGAAAACGAUGAAUUCAUAAAUCUGGUCAGAAAACUUAAGAAAAUGACUUCUGCAAUCAAAGAUAGUGAGAAGAAAAUUCAAGAUCAUAAGAGAGAAGUAAAAUCGAUGCAUGAAUUCGCAAUUAAAGAACUUAGAGAAUUUAGAACAGACAUUAAUGAGUACUUGGACAAGGCUGAAGAUGAGCUAAAUCGUUUAAAGUUUAAAAAUGAAAGCCUGCUGACCAAGCUAGAGAAAGAUUGCAAACUUCUUUCAACAAAAUUAGCAGAAGUUAAAAAGGAAACAAACGCAGAAAUCUACCGCGGAAUGUCUCUGUUUAUUCACUUAGUUGAGUGCAAGCCAAAAGUUCGCGACACUGAAAAUGCAAUAGCCCAGCUACAAGUAGAAAGCAAUAUUGAGAAAAUCACAUUUGUACCUGACAUGCGGCUGCUCAGUACAUUCGCUUCUAAAAUAAGCGUAAAUACAACUGGUUUCGAGGUUCCGGCUUUUGUUGACACUGAACAAGGUUCUCAGAAGAGGAGUGAUUCUAUGGCAGACCAGAAAAGCAAAAAUGACAGGGUCACUGGAAAGAAAAAAGGUAUUAUAAAACAACGCAUUCUUUAA